AUGAAGACAUCACUGCUCCCCUUCCUUCCCUGUACUUUGCUAGCUGCUGGGACUUUGGCCUCCCUUUCCGACGUCGGGAUCCAGAGCCGAGCUGUCGACGACAGCGUAGACGAUCUCGAUGAGUGGCUGACAUCAACCAAGAGAGUGUCUCCAGAGGCGCUCCGGCCAUGCCCUGUAUCUUGCAGCGCGACGGGGAACAGUUCCUCGACGGAUGGAUGGUUUCUGUUCCCUGAUCCCACCAAGCUGGCGCUAUGCAACGAGACCAUGAUCCUCAACAUGGUCGUGCAGACCGAAAGCGGGGAUAACAAAGCUUCGCAGCCCGUCGUCAGGGCCUGCACGGCCGACUACGAGUCGAGAGUGAAGCUCGCGUUCGUGCCGGAUGACGAGAAGGCGUCUCUCUGCACAACCGCCAACCGAGUGCUGGAGGAAGCUUCCGUGUACAUGCACCACCCACAAGUGGGCGAUGACGACGGCUUCUCGGUCAGCCACGCCGUGACUGCGGGGCGUCAGAUGGUCAACCGCCUCGCACAGCAAGAGCCUUCGUGCACACGCAAUGCCAUGGAGUUUGGCUAUUUCCAGUCGUCGGCGAUUGGCAUCUUUGCGGGAGCCGAGGUGCACCAGCACGGGGUCAGCUCGGUCGUCCUUCGGAAGCUGCUGGAGUACGCACAAGAAAAGGGCGUCUCCAAGACGACUGUGGUCCAACUCUGCGGAGCGGAUGAACGCGGCGCCGACUACAGCAUUGGCGUCGUUGCGACAAGUGCCAAGAACCUCGGUUUCGUGCAAGAGGCCGUCAAAGCAUGGGCCAACGGCGGAUGCGUCUCGCAGGCCGAUGCAGGCGAGGACUGGAUCAAAGUCACCCUUCGUGUCCCCGCCCCAGUCGACACCAUCAUUCCUUCCUCCUCUUCUCCCACAACAAACACAAACGGCACGCACGGAUCCAGCAACUUCACCACUGGUGCAAGAUCCCGCCUUGCCAUCAGGGCCGACUGCACCACCACCACCGUCCAGUCCGGCGAUGGCUGCUGGGCCGUGGCCAACAGGUGCGGGAUAACCCAAGCCAAUCUGGAAAAGUACAACCGAGCCAACCUCUGCACCACUCUAGUCAAGGAUGAAAAGGUGUGCUGCAGCAGCGGCACUCUACCCAGCACUCUGCCCGCCGGGAACUCGGACGGCACGUGCAAAACAAGAUCGGUCAUCAGCGGCGAUGACUGCGGCUCGCUCGCUUCCAAGUGCGGCAUCAGCGCGGCCGACUUCAUGAAGGUCAACACCAAGACCAAUCUCUGCGCGACCCUGGCGGUGGGCCAACAGGUCUGCUGCACCAAUGGCAAGAUGCCCGACCUGAAGCCCAAACCCGAUGCCAACGGGAACUGCGCCACCUACACCACCCAGAAGGAUGACAGUUGCUCCGUCAUCGCCGCUGCCCGCGACCUGAACGUGACAGACCUCGAGACCUUCAACAAGAACACCUGGGGCUGGAACGGCUGCAAGUUACUCUUUCCCGACUUCAAGAUGUGUGUGAGCACGGGAAGCCCGCCCAUGCCUGCCCCAGUUGCCAAUGCUGUUUGCGGGCCAACGGUACCUGGCACAGCCCAGCCAUCGGCAGGAACCAACCUGACUACGCUCAAUCCAUGUCCCCUGAAUGUGUGCUGCAACAUCUGGGGACAAUGCGGCAUGACGGACGACUUUUGCGUCGUCUCCAAGUCGGAAACAGGUGCUCCUGGAACUUCGGCUCCCGGGAAAAACGGAUGUAUCAGCAACUGCGGCAGGGAUAUCAUCAGAGGAUCCGCCCCGGCGAGCAAGAUCAAAGUCGCCUACUACGAAUCCUGGAAUUUUGGCCGCGAGUGCUUGAACAUGAUGGUGGACCAGAUCGAUACAAGCGCAUACACCCACAUCCACUUUGCCUUUGCAACCAUCACCAGUGACUUCAAGGUCGACAUCGGUGACGACAAGGCCAAGGAGCAAUUUGAAAUCUUCAAGAAGAUGUCUGGCAUCAAGAAAAUCAUCUCUUUUGGUGGCUGGGACUUCAGUGCCUUGCCCGGAACCUUUUCGAUUCUUCGCAACGCUGUCCUGCCUGCGAACCGCGAGACCUUCAAGAACAACAUCGUUGCCUUUGUCCAAGAGCACGGGCUCGAUGGAGUCGAUCUCGAUUGGGAGUAUCCUGGUGCGCCCGAUAUUCCAGAUAUUCCUAGCGAUGACCCUCAAAACGGUUUGAACUACUACAGGCUUCUUUCCAGCCUCAAAUCAACUCUCGGUUCUUCAAAGACGGUCUCGUUCGCGGCCCCGGCAUCCUUCUGGUAUCUCAAGGCGUUUCCCGUCAAAAACAUGGCCAAGGACCUCGACUACAUCAUCUAUAUGACGUACGACUUGCACGGCCAGUGGGACUAUGGUAACAAAUGGACUUCCCCCGGAUGCGAGACUGGCAACUGUCUGAGAUCCCACGUCAACGAGACUGAGACCAAGGAUGCUCUAUCCAUGAUCACCAAAGCCGGCGCGCCAUCCAACAAAGUUGUCGUCGGUGUGGCCAGCUAUGGUCGGUCGUUCAAGAUGGCCCAGGCCGGCUGUGAUUCCGAGUCGUGCCUAUUCACAGGCUCCCCUCGCGAUUCCAACGCUGCCAAGGGACGUUGCACGGCCACUGGGGGCUAUAUCUCCAACGCCGAGAUUAAUGAGAUUAUUGCCACGGGCAAUGUCAACAGGCAGUGGAAAAAGGAAGGAUCCAACAUGAUGGUUUACAACGACACCGAGUGGGUUGCAUGGAUGGACGAUGACACAAAGGCGGCUCGGGCCGCGUUUUACGACUCAUACAACUUUGCCGGCACCACCGACUGGGCCGUAGACCUGCAAGAAUUUGUCGAUGAUAGCAGUAUCGUGGAUGACGUUCAGGAGGCGUACAUUGACCCAAAUUACUGGUCUCGCUGCACCGGCACAUACACCACCCUAGACCAACUCGAAAGCCACAAGGACUCGAUCCCUCACCACUGCAUGGACAAAUAUAUCGUUGAUGUCCAAGUUGCGGUCAUGGAGGGAGCGCUGAACAAGUACAAGGACCUAAUCGACAAGGGCUACGACAAGAAGUUUUCCAUCUAUGAGAACUAUGUCAAGGCUCAGAUCCCGGACCAGAUCAACAACUUUAUGGCCAGCGAAAAGGUGGACAAGUACUUCAAGUGCAAGGAGUACAAGUACGUGACAUGCUGCGGGUCAUGCAGAUACGCCUGCGUCUGCGAAAAUGGCUGCACAAAGAGCGGUUAUCAGCUCCGUGACAUGGACAAGUGUCCCAAGUUCGAGACUACUGUCGUUGGUUUUGGAGGCACUGAGAUCCCCAACGCCACCUUCACUCUCACCGACUCCAAGGGCUUCUACGAAGACAUAAGCAAAACGUGGGGCAUUGAAGAGUCGUGGAUUACCUUCGACAGGCGCCACAUGCGGACCAACAACGGGUGCCAGUACGCCGGGGAGAAGGUGCUUGAGUGCAUCGACAAGAAUGACGAUUGGUGGUACAAUUACCCUCAACCCUCGGACAAGGUCGAGAUCUACAACCCCAAGAACGUGGUUGGCGACUCAUACCCCAAAGCCAAGGACAUGCUGAACCGGUUCAAGGUCGUGAAAGAGUUUAGCUACUACGACGAGUUAUUCCAGGUCUCGGACGUGGUCGACGCCACGUCGCUGCCUGCCUUCACGACCGCCGAGGGCGUGGAGAGCAUGGGCAAGAUUGUCGAAAAGGCGGACGAGAUCAAGAAAAAGGAGCGCGAGUCCUUCAUCCUCAAUUUCCUCAUGGGCCUGCUCUUCUGGAUCCCGGUGGUGGGCGAGCUCGUCGGUCCCGAGCUGGCGGCCAUCGGUAACGUGCUUCGCUUAAUCGGCGCGGUGGGAGACGCGGCCAUGACUAUCUAUGACGUUGUUCAGAAUCCGAAGAAUGCGUUCGGGGCUAUCUUCGGUCUCCUGGCGGGCGCCGGGGUCGGGCGUAAGGGUUUCAAGGACGCGGCCGGAAAGAGGCGUGACCUGACAGGCACCAAGGAGUUCAACGCGCUGGGAAAUGUAAAGACGCAGCUGGAUAGGAUUGAGGUCAUUCGAAGUGUGUGCCGGCGUUAA